CUAAAACACCCUGUAUUGGAAGUUAAUUGAAAAUUAGUAAUAAUUGCAAAGCUCGGUUAGGAAAUUGUGAAACUCUACAUUCUUGCCCCUAUAAACAGGAAACCAGGAUGUGUGGGAAGUUAAAACGAGUGAGCAGGCUAAUUGAGGAAAGAUAUUCAGUUAAUGAAUUCUAUAUUGUGGAGCUAAGUUGCCAUUCUUUUGGGAUUUGCAUACUGUUCAACAAUUAUACACUUAGUUUGAGACGUGAGCCAUUAUUGGGAGAAUACUGAGACGCGCAGAGCCGAAGUAUAUAAUUUGCGAGAUCAAAUGAGGUGUAUACCUAUAGAACUUUUCCAACUACUAACACUAUUUCUAUUCGUCAUUGUCAGUCAGAGCAGUCCGCGGGACCUUUGUUCUUGGCUAAAGUACCGUAGGUCAGUAGGUCUACCAAGUCUGGACGACUAACGCUGAAUACGGUGGCGUAAUCUAAGGUUUCACCUAUAAAGAUAUUCGCAAAGGUUGUACAACAUAAAUUCGAGCACUAACCACGGUACGUUUACUAUUAUAAUCUCUUGUUUUAAAUCCAGACUAAUUCUAUGAUCAUGUUGUGAUGACCUUUGUCUAAAGUUUCUAUGGUGUAUAAAAAUUAAAAACUGAAAUCGUGUAAAUAACAAUUUUCAGACCAGAUAUCAGCUUAUUAUCAUCUUCCGCAUCGGUAUAUAUAAAACCAUGAUCCUAGCUCCGGACUGGUAAUUAGUCUGAGAAACUAAAUCCGCCAACAUGUUCAAGACUAUAAUAUUAUUCUCAGCAAUCAUUGUUGCAGUAUUGGGUGCCUGCGAGAACCCAACUGCACUAGCUGAUCUUGACAGGAAACAGUAUGCUGGAGAAUGGAUGGGACACGUAGCAGCUGGAAAUCCCAUUUUUCCAAUCAACCCAUGCGUAACGCUAGAAGUUGGUGAAAAUGAUGCUGAUAAGGUGAAACUAGGCUUCAAAGCUGGCGAAGGUAAGGCCGUCAUCGAUGGGGUAGUAGUCAGCUCCUCAGGAGGAGAUUUCAAAACCGUUUUUGGCGGAAAAAAACUGAUAUAUAAAGUCUUGGCCACAGAUUAUAAAACUCAUGCAGUCAUAUAUAUGUGCGACGAAGAUACUGGAAAUGGCAAUAUUGCAGUUCAUAUGAGGUCUAGGACGCCUGAUGCUACACUAUUGGAAGAAAAGUUGGCUGCUGCACAGAAAUUGCUGUCCAAACCUCUCAGCCCGCGAACAGAGACUAAAUCCGCCAACAUGUUCAAGACUAUAAUAUUAUUCUCAGCAAUCAUUGUUGCAGUAUUGGGUGCCUGCGAGAACCCAACUGCACUAGCUGAUCUUGACAGGAAACAGUAUGCUGGAGAAUGGAUGGGACACGUAGCAGCUGGAAAUCCCAUUUUUCCAAUCAAUCCAUGCCUAACGCUGGAAAUUGGUGAAAAUGAUGCUGAUAAGGUGAAACUAGGCUUCAAAACUGGCGAAGGUAAGGCCGUCAUCGAAGGGGAAGUAGUCCGCUCCUCAGGAGGAGAUUUCAAAACCGUUUUUGGCGGAAAAAAACUGUUAUAUAAAGUCUUGGCCACAGAUUAUAAAACUCAUGCAGUCAUAUAUAUGUGCGACGAAGAUACUGGAAAUGGCAAUAUUGCAGUUCAUAUGAGGUCUAGGACGCCUGAUGCUACACUAUUGGAAGAAAAGUUGGCUGCUGCACAGAAAUUGCUGUCCAAACCUCUCAGCCCGCGAACAGAGUCGGAUCACAGCAAGUGCUAAGAUUCGUUUUAGUAUAGUAGUAAUAGUAGCAGUAGUAGUAUUAGUAAGGAAAUCGAAGAAAUAUAAAAUCAAAUAAAUGCCUUCCUCAUAUUUAUUGUUUGAUUUAUUUAGCGGUAGCACUACUCUUAUCUACAAUACGUAUUUCAUACUGCCUUUAUAUUCCGAUUUCCAAAAUAGACAGUCAUGAACUUUAAA